GCCUUAUUUCUACAGAACAGUGGUGCUGGGCUCAGUUUCCCCCUACUCACAAGUUAUAGAAAGCUAUGGUGAGCCUUUUUUAUGACUUCUACUCAGGAAACCAUGGACAAAAAGGAGGCGCCAACUAGUAAAAAACCCAAGAAACGGGCGAGGCUGGAGGCUGCAUUCAAGGACUUGUCAAUGACACUUCUUUGGGUGUUGUUUGCUGCCUGCCUCCUGUCUGCAACCUAUGGUUACAACAUCUGGCUGAUCUACUCCCCUUCUGUGCUCAUAAAAGACUUUUAUAACGUAACCACUUUCCCCCCGAAGAUGAACCCCAACAUCAAGUUAUUCUUGAUGUCCUCCUCCAUCGCUUUAUAUCCACUGGGAGGUACAUUUGGGGCACUUCUGAUUGGCGUCCUGGAGGAUAGAUGUGGCAGGAAAGGCACUUUGAUUAUUACUAAUGUUUUGUCCAUUCUCUCUGCUAUACUCAUGGGUUGCACACAUGAGGUAACUACAUAUGAAUUCAAAAUGGUUGCACGCUUGGUGACUGGAAUAUGUUCAGGAAUAAUCUACAGUGCUGUUCCCAUAUACAUUGGCGAGAUAUCGCCUGUAGAGCUGCGAGGAUGCAUAACCAUGACGGCCAACUUCUUUUUUUCCAUUGGUGUCUUGUUGGCUCAGACCCUGGCUCUUCGGGAAGUCCUGGGGAAUGAAAGAGGUUGGCCGAUUCUGAUGUGCUUUGCUGGGGUCAUGCCAGUGUGUCAGGUCUUCCUACUGCCCUUCAUUCCUGAAAGUCCUAGGUACUUAUACAUUCAGAAGAAGGAUGAAGAUGGUGCAAGAGAAGCCUUGCAGAUGUUGAGAGGACGGGAAGACGUGGAGGACGAGAUGGACGAGCUCCGCGAGGAGUUCUUUGCUGCGAAGGCAGAAAAGCCCUUGAACACGCCCAAAUUGCUCUGGAAGAGAAGCCUGCGAUGGCAAGUCAUCACUGUAAUUACCUUGAUGGCUUCCCAGCAUCUCACUGGAGUCAUUGCGGCUUACUAUUAUUCAGAGAGAACCUACACGUAUACACAUAUGGGAAAAGACAAUGUCCGCUUCAUGAGUAUAGCUACCAGUGUGAGUUUCUGCCUGGCAAACAUGUUUACGAUGUUUUUAGUUGAUUCUGUGGGGCGGAAGAUUCUGCUUCUCUCUGGCUUUGGCGUCUGCGGCAUCCUCUGUGUUCUGUUAGCAAUUACUGUGGAAUUGCAGGACACCAUAAAUGAGAUGGCGUAUUUCAGCACAGUUUUUAUUCUCCUAUUUCUCCUUGCACAGUGCAUUGGCCCAAAUUCAACUCCGUGUCUAAUUGUAUUGGAGCUGUUCCUUCAGACAUCGCGGGCCUCAGGCUUUGUGAUUGCGGGCUUUGUGCACUGGUUCAUGAACUUUGUAUCAGGAGUGCUUUUUUAUCACACAGAGAAGUUGAUUGGAUCCUACUGCUUUCUGCUUUACUUCCCUAUCUGCCUAGCCACCUUUUUGUUCAUCUUGAAGUUUCUCCCAGAAACCAAGAAGAGGACCUUUGUGGAUAUCAAGAGAAUCAUGUUGCUGCGGUCAGUCAAGAAGGUCACAGCCACGGUGGUUGAUUAG